AAGUGGGUGUGUGACACAAGAUCACGUGAUUUGUAAUACACAAAGUCACUAGACUACUGCCUGGUGACGCUGUUUCUUUCCUUGACACUAUUCUAAACUCUAGUUUUGUGAACACUGAAUAAAAUAAAUAAACUUAUCCAUGAUGGGCAUCUUUUCAAUCAAACGAGCGUUUUUAAGCUCCAUUUACAUAUGUUUUAUAAUUGGAUUGGUAUCCGGUACCACAAUCGUGAAAAUGAAAGUGAAUGAUUUUUGCCCUCUUCUAUUCAAGGACUGUGGGUCAGAGGCCGGUACACUAUCAGCUGUUAACUUCAAUGGCACAUGUUCUGGAGGGAAAGCACAGCUUCAGAAAGGGACUGUUGUAGCUAUUCAAUUCACCCUCUCCACAAAGGCAGAUGAAGCUUCCCUGAAUUCAAAAGUGUAUGGCAAGAUUGGAGUUCUUCCUUUUGUUUCAUUCCCGCUUGAUAACCCAGAUGCCUGCAAAGAUUCUGGGCUGACUUGUCCAGUCAAAGCCAAUACUGUGGUCCAGUACCUGCCUGUUUUAAAUGUUCUUAAAAGCUAUCCAUCUGUUGAUGUUAUUGUCAAGUGGGAGCUGCAGAACAAAGAUGGAAAAAAUGUGUUUUGUACCUUGAUUCCUGCCUCCAUUACUGGCUAAGUUACACAGUGAACACUUUGUUUUGUUAUCAAUAUUUAAAAGCCUGGCAAAACUACUAUGCAAACACUUAGCACAAUUUAGUUAUAUUUCUCGAUGUGUAACUAAAAAUUUUGAAUUGGUAAUGUAAGUUGUAAGUUAAUAUUUUAGAAAAGCUGGUUCUUUGACCAACAUUUUUAUAGAAUUGUAAUUAUCCAAAUUAAUAUUUUUAGAUAUGUCAGUCGCAUAGGCAUCAGAUUGUAGAGGAACUGAAGGUUCCGCUUGUUACCACAUCAUGAGAUAUAAUGCCAUUUACACUGUUGAUAUUUAUAAACUUUCUGUAAACACAUCUCACUGUUUGUAUGUUGGGUAUUCUUGAGUUGUAGAACCUUUUGAACUAGAAGUUUGACCUUAGUGUCUGGCUGUCAAAAAGUAAAUAUUUUACCUGUUAUGAUCUGAUUUAAAUGAUCUAGAGUUCAUGGAAUUGUUCAUUUACUGUAUUGGAUAAACUGAGUCCUAUUGAUAAACACAUGGAUAUUAUUUCAGCUAUUUUUAGUUUACAUACUCUAUUGUAUUUGUAUACUACAAUAAUGAAUUCUUUUCUAAACUAUUUGUAUCACUUGUGUAUAUCACUAUACAAUGUGUCACCACAAGGUGUUUAGUGAUGUUCUUCUUAAGUUAAACAUAAUAGAAUUUUUAUAUAUUGUUAUCUAAACUACACAUUUUUGAUAAACAAUGUACUGUAUUUUAUAUAUAUAAGCUCAUAUUUUAAUAAAUGAUCUAUCAAACUUUAUGAAGCAAUACAGGAAAAACUUUGAACUAGAGAAAAUAAAAAUAAUGUAUAUUUUUACAUACUUAUAAUGACUAAGAAUAAUUUAAAAAUGAUUUGGCAGUUUUAUGGUACAUGACAGGAUAGCUCAUUUGUUUUUCCAAGAUUGUGCAGGAUUAUCCUAGGGUGAUGAAUUGUUAUAUUACUUGAUGUAAAUGUUUAUUUGUACUAAACUUUUUUUCAACUUGAUGAUCUCCUACAUUCACAUUUAUUUGCAUUCUGUUUAUCAUCAAACGCCUGUAAUAAAUUGAGCAUCUUUUUCUUUAUAUAACUGUUUUAUGUUUUUGUUUGACACGCCUACU